UUCUCUCUUUGUGCUCACGGCUUACAGGUCUUUGAAGCUCCCCUCCAAGCAAGCUUGGGUUCUUGAGAGGAUGAGUUCUUCCAGAGCUGGACUUUUGCUACUGUGUGUCUGGUUCGUGGUCGUAGCAUGCGUUUCCAGGAAUGAAGCGUUCGUGGGCUACUCAGAGGUUUCUUUAGCUACUGCUAGUACUGGUGCCAGCAACCAGAAUUUUCGAGAAAACGUUUCUCUCUUUGAGCGGCCAGACUGCUUGCUUUUCUCCACCGAAUUUGGGGAGAUCGAGGUCGAGCUUGCAACCACAGCUGCUCCUGAGACAGUAUCUUUCAUCAAGGAUCUGGUUGCCAAAGGCACAUACAAUGGUUGUAGUUUUUAUCGAGCUGAACCACCUGGUGAUACAUAUGAUCAAGGUAGCACAGUUCCUCGGAAAGGGUAUGCGCUUGUACAAGGUGGUUUAUUCUCGUGCGGAAAGCAGCAGGACGUCGACCUGCCUGUUGAGUCCAGAUGGAAGCACACCAAAGGAACAGUGUCGUUGAUCACGGUAGGCUUUCUUUUUACUUCCGUCUCCUUACUAACCAGCUUCGAUUUUCAGCGCACAAGCGAGUUUUUCUUCAGUCUCGAAGACCAUCCGGAGUGGGAUGGCAGCUUUUCCGUAUGGGGAAAGGUCGCUAGUGCCUCGGGCUUCUCCGCGUUGGAGCGAAUCGCUGCCCUUCCAACGCAUCAAGAAGUCCACCCGAGCGGAACUGUUAUGAGAAUACUCUCUAAAGAAGUGACAUUUUCCCUGGCUCUCAAACCGAGCCGAGACAACUAGACAAGACGAUCUCAUACCGAGACAAGACGAUCUGAAAUCGAGGAACUAGACAAGAUUGGCAACAGAGACUCAAAGCUUUAACUUGGAAACGAAUCGCACCAGCAGCGGCAAAAA